UAAAAGAAAGAGAUAGAGAGAGGAGCUGCAGCUGAGGCUCCAGGAACAAGGAAGGAGACGUCGCAGCCCAAACUGAGGAAUAUCAUGACCAGAAACCCAGCGAUUUAGUACAGGCCUAAGGAGGCUCAGCAACACAGACCUCGGGGAUUUUUUCAAGGACUAAUUUGCCACUGUGGACUAUGGGAUUUAACCAAUCGACUCAAAUCAGGAGCUCUUCCUUGUUCGGGAUCUGAAGCAGGGCUGUGUAGAGUGAGCUCCACACAAGCAGUGAAGGUGAGGAGCACGGAGGCGAAGCGUAAUGGCCACACCACACGUUUCUCCAGCUGAACACUGAGCCACCAUGGAGCAGAGGUGAACCGGCUUCUUCCCAUCUGAGAAAACAGCAAACAAACACAAGAUCAUGGGGAAUUCGUAUGCAGGGCAGCUGAAGUCAGCUCGCUUUGAGGAGGCUCUCCAUAACUCCAUCGAGGCCUCAUUGCGGUCGAGCAGUGGCGACCCACAGCCCAUUUUCACACAGCUUUACCUGGAGCCAGACCAUUAUCAUAGCAACACAGAGGACAUUAAAGCCAAAGGCGAGCUGGGCUUUCGGUCCGCAGAGGUCAACGGCUCUCUGUUGGUCAACAGUCAGGCCUCUCCUGACAUGGACGACAUGGAAGACGAGGACGAGUCGGACAGCAGCAGCCCGCCUCUGCCCUUCCUGCAGGGCCUCACCCCUGACGGCUGCUGCCUCAUGGACGGCUUCUGUCAGGCAGGGAAGGACCUGCGGCUGGUCUCCAUGACAAUGGAGGCGAUCGACGUUCCCCCUGGAUUUGAGCUGGUGGGGGCUAAGUCCCCAAGCGUCCCAGAGCACAUACUGGUCUGUGCGGUGGACAAGCGCUUCCUUCCAGACGAAAAUGGGAAAAAUGCACUUUUAGGAUUUUCGGGAAAUUGCGUGGGCUGUGGUGAGAAGGGCUUCCGGUAUUUUACUGAGUUCUCCAACCACAUUAACCUGAAGCUGGCCACUCAGCCCAAGAAGCAGAAGCACUUAAAAUACUACCUGGUGAAGAAUUCUCAGGGUGCUCUGUGCAAAGGACCUCUAAUCUGCUGGAAAGAUUGUAAGACGAGGCAGUUCUCCAGCAGUGCUUCUUCCUCCAAACCUAGCUCCUCUUCCUCGCUGAGCAGCAAAGAGAAUGGAGGAACCAAUGGCCACAGCUCCUCGCCGCUCUCCAGCACAGAUUCCCCCCCAGCCCGGCUCCAGUCGAGAUCCUCGGGGCACUUUGGAGGGCAAGACCUAAUCAGAGAGGGCAGCUUCAUCAAACCACUGGCCACACAGGGUACAAAGACACUGCCAAUAGUUCCCACUGCUCUGCGGGUGAAUGGCUUAACCAAUGGCCUGGGUGUCGAGGCGAGGCCUGUGCAGCUCAGCCCCACCCAUCUGCCCCCACUGGGCAUCCCACCACUGACCUACCGCCCCGUGGAACCAGGAGACAGCCCAGCCUCCUCAGCCAUGUCCUCCGGUCCCCCGAAGAAGCGCCACCGCAGCUGGCACCCCGCGUCAGUGGUGCCCGUCCCCUCCACAGCCGUCCCGGUCCCAGCCAUCCGACCCCUCGCCUGUGGUCCAGGCUCUGUGUUGGCGCUGGCCAGUCCCCAGUCUCUAUCUGUGUCUGGGGUGAUCCAGCCCCAGCCAGUCACGGCAGGAGAAACCGUCAUUGUCCCCGACAACCUGCUCAACAUCUCUGGAGUCCGGCCCGUCAUCCUCAUUGGCCAAGGCACUUUACCAUACUUCUAUGGCAAUGUGGGAGACAUCGUGGUGAGCCCCCUGCUGGUGAGCUGCUAUAAGGGCAGCCAGCUGCCUGAGAAGACCCUAGAGAACCUCGGCAUGACCAGCAGCCAGCUCCUCACCGUGGAAACCAUGGCCCUGCUCACCUUACAGUACCUUGCCCGUCUAGGCCCAGAGCAGAUCCCACUGCGGGAGGAGUUUGAGCAGAUCGUGCUGAAGGCCAUGCUGUGUGGGCCCCCGGGCCCUUCCGUGUCCCCGGCCCAGCUGCCCUGGUUGGCCCGCGUGGAGGCCAGCGUGUCCGGCGGCACCGUGCAGGUCCUGGUCACACACAGCUCUCUGGGCGAGGGCAUCUCGGAGUCCCUGCGCUCGCUGUGCGAGGGCCCUCACCAGCAGUGCUUGCCAAACUACAUGCUGAUUAUCUGUGCCUCCAAGAUGAGCGGCAACGAGUUCUGCGUGCUCGUGCUGGGAAAAUACCAGGCUCGAGCUCUGGCUGAGGGGAUGCUCACUACCAAUGAGUUCCUGAAGGAGAUCAGCUACGAACUCAUCACAGGCAAAGUCAGCGGCCUGGCCGCACACUUCCGAAGCACCUCUUCAGGGGACAAUCUGGAGAAGCAGCUGAUCAAGUACCAGCGUCGGCGUAAGGAGCAGGUCAUCCAGCCCUUUCAGGGAGAUGUCACGGACUACAUCCAUUCACAGGAGGCAGUUGCCAUGGUUCCAGCCUCAGAUACAGACCUGCUGAAUGAGGUGUUCCAGAUCCUCCCGCCUCAGCUGAGCGUGGCGCGCAGCCUCCUCUCCCAGGUGUGCUCCAUCGCCGACUCCGGCAGCCAGAGCCUCGACCUGGGGCGCUUCUGCAAGGUGGACUUCCUCGUGCUGGUGCCGCCCUCCCACGUUCUCAUGCAUCAGACCACCGAGCGCAUCAGACAAUCAGGUGUUUUGGUGGACCUUGGCAUGGAGGACGCUACUUCUGCCCUUCAGAAAUCAGAUAAAUAUGUGGUGCGUCUGGAUGCUGAUGUUCAUACUAAAAUGGAGGCCUUCAUGAGGAAAGUGAAACAGAACCCUUAUACCCUGUUUGUCCUCAUCCAUGACAACUCUCAUGUCGACCUAAACAGCGCCCUCUCUGGGUCUGUGCGCCACGGCGAGCUGCAGGGCCUGGCCGACCGCGUGGUCAACUGCCAGGAGGUGCUGGAGGCGGUCAACCUGCUGGUGCUGCAGGUCAGCUGCUUCCCCCACACCCUGCAGACACGCCAGUCCCGCAUCAGCGUCCACAACGAGGUGCACUGGCCCGGCCGCGACAGCCUGGGCGAGCCUUCUCCCAAAGACCUAGUUUACUUUGGCCUGAGUGACUACAGCAGCUCUCUGCAGUGGGGUGUGGCCAGCCCCAUCCUCCGCUGUGACGAUGCCUUUGAGAGGAUGGUGAACACCUUACUGGAGAGGCACCCCCAUCUUCACAGCAUGGUGAUCCGCAGCUACCUGCUCAUCCAGCAGUACACAGAGGCCAUGAUGGCCCUGACGGUGGCGCCCUCCCUGCGGGACCACGUCACGCCCGAGACCCUGACCAUGGUGGAGGACCUGAUCAGCUGCCCCGGGCGCGGGAGCUCCGGGCGCGGCCACAUGCUGCUGGUGCGCGUGCCCUCGCUGCAGCUGGCCAUGCUGGCGCGCGAGCGGCUGGAGGAUGCGCGCGACAGGCUGGGCCUGCAGUACCGCUUCGCUGUGCUGCUCGGCAACCCCGCCACCGAGCUCAUCCUGCCCAGGCACUUCUGCAACCGCCUCAGGGCCUGGCAGGGUUGUAAGAACGAGGACUGGGUGCCGCAGACGUAUGAAGACCUGGAAGGCCUGCCCUGCAUCGUCAUCCUCACAGGGAAAGACCCGCUGGGGGAGACGUUCCCCAGGUCCCUGAAGUACUGUGACCUGCGUCUGAUUGACUCCAGCUACCUGACGCGCACGGCUCUGGAGCAGGAGGUGGGCCUGGCCUGCACCUACGUGACUAAAUGUGUGAUCCCGGAGCCCCGGAAGAGGAGCCCGGAGGAGCCGGAGGAGGAGAAGGGCUCCGGCCCUGCCGAUGAUGGGCAGAUGGACCUGGAGCGACCGCACAGCAAUGGCAGCGCAGUCACGAGGGCUUCAGGCUCCCUGACUGAGAAUGGCGUGAGCUCCUCUGGCAUGCCCGACACCUCCCAGAAGGCCUCCCUCUCCUCGCACUCCUCUUCCCUGACAGAGACGGGCAGCAACGGCACUGCGGAGGCCAGCUGCACCCCCCACCGGGUCAAGGAGGAGUGCGACUCCCACCAGGCCCCGUCCUCGGCCCCCCUUCCGGGUCCCCUCUCCUUCUGUUCCUCCUCGUCCUCUUCCUCCUCCCCCUCGUCUUCCUACACUGUGCAGCGGCCCAGCCAGUCCACGCAGGCGCGGUACAGCCCCGGACGCAGCCACCUCUACCCGCGCACGGCCGUCCUCUCCCGGGCCGCGUACUCCCUGCUGGCGCCGGGCGCCCAGGACCAGCCCAGCUCCACGACCCUGCUGCCCCACGCCUACCUCACCUGGAGCAGCCCGCUGCGGCCACCCAUCCCCCACCACAUGAGCGGGCUGGAGCAGUCGCUCUACUACCGCAAGUGGACCUGUGCCAAGAAGCACCAUGCAGACUUCGAGGGCCCCGCCGCUCCCCACCCCAGACGCCUGCUCCUGAGUGGACCACCACAGGUGGGGAAGACAGGAGCUUACCUGCAGUUCCUAAGAAUCCUGUUCCGAAUGCUGAUCCGCCUGCUGGAGGUGGACGUGUACGACGAGGAGGAGCUGGAAGAGGACCUGGCAGAGGUGGCAGAUGGGAUACCCGCCACCGUCACCAGGUGGCCGGAUAUGGAGGACAUUAGGAAAAUGCCCUUCGACCCUUACUCCCGUGACCCCAAGUUCAGACACUCCAGUAUUUUAUAUUCUGAAAAAAUGGCUAACAAACCGAAAGGGUUGAAAUCUGAAACUGUGAAUGAAACUCCUGCCAAAAGGGACACGGUGUCCAUCAGACUAAGCCCAUAUGCGUCCCACAAUGCCUUUCACCACUGUGAGCACUGUCACCACUACUGUGAGGCCGGCCCUGCCACCCAGCUCUCGGACUGCACAUUCCAUGCCUUCACCUUCUGCUCUUCCAUGCUGGGAGAGGAGGUGCAGCUGCACUUCAUCAUCCCCAAGGCCAAGGAGCGCCACUUCAUCUUCAAUCAGGAGGGCAGCCACCUGGAGAGCAUGCGGCUUCCCCUGCUCUCAGACAAGGACCCCAGCCUUAAGAGCCCCAUCUUCACGCCCACCACGGGACGACAGGAGCACGGCCUCCUGAACAUCUACCAUGCCAUGGAGGGAGCCGACCAUCUGCACAUCCUGGUGGUGAAGCAGUACGAAAUGCCCCUCUACAGGAAGUACUGGCCCAACCACAUCCUGCUGGUGCUGCCUGCCAUGUUCAACAGCUCUGGAGUGGGGGCGGCCCGCUUCAUGAUCAAGGAGCUCUCCUACCACAACCUGGAGCUGGAGCGCAACCGUCAGGAGGAGCAGGGGGUCCGAAGGCAGGACGUCUGGCCCUUCAUCCUCAUGAUGGACGACUCCUGCGUGCUGUGGAACGCUCAUCACUACGCACAAGACAGUAGCGGCGCUCCUGAGGUCACCAGCGUCUCCCUGAAGACCGUGCUGAGGCACAUGGAGGCCACGCCCAAGAUCGCCAUGUACGCCAUGUGUGGCGUCCGCAAGUGGAGCAGUGGCCUGGCGUUGCGGCCCACCACCGUGCCCUUCUCCCGGUGCCACCUGCACGACUUCAUCAUGCUCAACGUGGACCUGACACAGAACGUCCAGUAUGACCUCAACCGGUACACCAGUGAGGAGGUUGACUUCAACCUGAGGGCCAAUAGCAGUGGGCUUCUUGUCUGCCGCUUCAACCACUUCAGCCUGAUGAAGAAGCACAUCCCCUUCGGAGGGCACAAGGACUUCCUCAUCAAACCCAAACUCAUGGGCCUGGAGAGCUCCACCCCCAUCAGCGCCUCUCAGUACGUGUGUGCCCCUGACCACGAGCACACGCUGCUGGCCGCCCCGGCCCAGUUCCUGCUGGAGAAGUUCCUGCAGAGCUGCAGCCACAGGCUUUUCCCCAAGGCAGUCCACAACGCCAGCAACCCCGUGCUGUCCAUCGACAGCUACCUCAACCUCGGCCCAGAGGUGUCGGUGUGCUACAUGAGCUCGCGGCCUCACUCCGUAAACCUGGACCUUCAGGGCCUGGUCUUCAGUGGGCUGCUGCUCUACUUGUGUGACUCCUUUGUGGUGUCCGGACUCCUUAAGAAAUUCCACUUCAUGAAAGGAGCCACCCUCUGUGUGAUCUGCCAGGACCGCAGCUCCCUGAGGCAGACCAUUGUGCGUCUGGAGCUGGAGGACGAGUGGCAGUUCCGCCUGCGCGACGAGUUCCAGACGGCCAACUGCAGCGAGGACCGGCCCCUCUACUUCCUCACCGGACGUCACAUCUGACAGUGACAGGUGGAGUGACAGUAGGGAACAGGAGGUCCUUUAUUUCUCCACGAGGCUAAUGACGAGCAGAAUGAAGGCUGACCAAAAUGGCCGGAGCGGGUGGAUAUGUUGACAUUUGGGCAAUGGCCGUGGCUCUGACGUUCACCCUGCACUGCACUACUUUUCACACAGGGAGGGCCGACAAAACUGACUCACCGUUGCUCGUAGACUGCGUCUCAUGGAGAUUUUACAUUUCUUUUAGAGCAGCUUUUGGUAAGCUCGCAAUACUUUAAUGACUUGUUUUUUGUUUUGCUAUGAACUCCCAAAGGACUCACACGGACACUGUGAGCUUUCUUGAAAGAUUGUAAACCUGGUCCUGUCCCCAGGUUCUGGUAUAUCUCGUGUGGGAUAUACAUUUUGUCUCAGGGUUUUUCCUAGAAGGUUGUUACUACUGCUUUGCUCUGCUCAUCGUGGUGAAAAUGUGCCUUUCCUAGCACAUUCUCAAGGAUCCUCCAGUCUCUUUAGUUCUGACUCAUCAAAGACUGUACUCCUUUUUAAUCUCCCAUCAGCCAUUCAGAAGUGAACCGUCAUGCAGGUUUUUAUUCUGUCGUUCCAGCUUGAAAGUGAACUUUGUCAAUCAGUAUUUUAAUCAUAGUGAAUGUUGUGAACACAAGCCGGCGGCAGCAAUGACAAUGAAUGUCCCAUUCACAUGCUUGGUAAACUCAGAGGACCCGCUGAAACUCACAGUGGAUCCACAUGGAGAUCACCCGUGCUUUUAAAUGAGAGGCAUUUUUCAAGGCUCAGUCAUUGGCAUUGUGAAGAGAAACUACGUAAUGGUUGUCUUUUCUCCAGAUAUACGUCAACUCGAUUUUGGUAGAACAUUCUAGUUCAGGGUCAUUACCAGUGUUCCACACAAAGAGACACGUACAAUACACUGAUACAGUGGCUCCUACUGUCUGUUAUAUCAGUUCCCUGUUAGACCUCACAUACAUCUGAUUGUUGUGCCUUGACAAUGUGGCAUCUACCAAACACUUCACCUUAAACUACUCAAUCACUCUGAAAUGAUUCAUUUUGCUGUCACUCGCACUACCUACAACCAUCACCACUGAACUCUUAACUUCCAAUUGGAACAAAUGGACUGUUUCACAUUGGAAGAGCACCACAGCACCAUGCUUGUCUGUGUAUCUGAUGCUUAGUGACUGUUGAUGUGUUUCUGCCAGUCUUACGUUUUUUUUGUGCGCCUGUACUUCAGUCUUUUUAUUGUUGCCCCACCAUCACAGCUUGUGCCUGAAAGUGUUGCCAUGCGGUUUCAGUGAAAGCCUUGCUCCAAGAGUUUGCCCAGGAGGAUUUCUUUAUCUUUUCAUUCCUCUGUUUGUCUUUUUUAUUAGAUGAGUUAUCCUGUUUUUACACACUUGAAAAUUGAAGAAUGUUUCUUAGGUGGAAUAACACAGGGUUAUUCAAUCAGAAUGGGUAAUGUGAUCUGAUUUAGCCUGGUACUUAGCCACUGUGGAUACCAAGUCUCUAGAAUGAAAGGUUCUGGUUUUUAACUUGGGAAAAGUCUGAAUCAGUUUUAUGUAGGAAGAAGAUGGAUAGGUAGCAGGUGAGAAGGGAGCAAAAUCUUCAUUUUCUACUGUGCAAAACUUGUUUACAUGUGAAAGUUGUUUAUUAAUAUAUUAAUCUGACCUUUUUAUUUCUCAUGUGGGGAUUUACAUUUGUACUGCUCACUUUUGGUCACUUUUAACCAUACCGUAUUGAUGCUUCCAUGUUUCAGCAUUCUGUGUUUUACCAAGGCACAAAGAAUUGACCUAAGAUUUCUUUUUACCAUUCUUUUAUAAUCAGUUUUUACUGUUUGUUGGCUUUUAUUUAAAAAUGAGGAGCAGUCCUUUUUUGAGGGAUUCUUAUUUAUUGUUACGGCCUAUUUGGACUGAUAAUCAGGAAGUGAAUGUUUAGUGUCGUCUGUGCGCUAAGCUAAAAUCAGAGGGUACCAAAAGGGGCGUGUAGAGAGAGAGAGAGAGAGAUUAACCAAAGAUGAAAAUUGUGAACUUGCACUAUACAGACCAAGAGGCCAAAUGAUACAGUUCUUAGCACACAGUCUUGAGCUCACCCAACAAAGCUAAAGAACAUCUGGGAACAGUUGAGAAAUCACAAGUCUGACUGAAAACAUUCUGACCCCUCGAAUAUGUCUUGUAUGUAGAUAGUGUUAUGUGCACAUAACUUAUGCAAUUUGCUUUUCACAAUCUUCACAGAUGUAUUUAUCUGCUGUGCAUACAAAGGUAACUCACUGCAGGCCUUGCCAUUAGAGCUGUCUACCUCAUGAACUGCCAUUAUGGUUGCCAGUUAAUCAACAUUUGCCUAUGGAUAUGAUGCAUUUUUGGUUUAAAUAUAUGAAUGUAUUAAAGUAACAUUGAAUUGAACGUAGGACCGUGUCUCAUUUGUUUUGUUCAUCCUGUGCUGUAAUAUCCUAGAUUUACACUGUGAGGGGCCUGUUUAUUUGAAAUGAUGUCUUUUUAUCUGCAUAAAUUGUUUCCCAUCCUUGAAA